AUGGGUUACUUUAACGUUCCUAUGCGAGAGACUGGUCUUACUUCUUAUGGCACUACUUACAAUCCUUAUUACGAUUAUGGAGAAAUUGAAAACUAUGGUUCACAUUAUCAGCCUAUUGCAGUAGAAUAUCCAUCCGAUCACGGUACUACUGGUAAACCAUUGACGACAACGGUGAGAUCUCCUUUAGGUGGUUUAGAUAUUCUUGGUCAACAAGGACUUGGCAAAUACGAGAACAUAUAUCCAACGUUUUUUAAUUCAAUGUCGCAACUCGAUUUGAACAGACCCAAAGUUCGUUUAAUUUAUGUACCUAAUCAUGUGUUAUGUGCAUUUCAAAAUUUACUUCCACAAGGCGGUGUCGGCUUUGCAAAUUCUUUCAUGGGUAGUUUCAAUCCUUCCAUGAGUGGUUAUGGAACCUUUGGAAUGCAGCAGAUGAUGCCUAUGCUUCAAGGAUCAAUGUCUCAAAUAGGUUCGAAUUGUUGGUCCACGCCAUUUCAAAUACCAUCGAUGGGUCCACAAUAUCCUUUCGGCAUUCCUUGUCCUCCUCCAAUGAUUCAGCCAGCUAUACCUCAAAUGCCUAUGCCCUAUCCAUCAGUCAUGCCCCAAAUGUCCAUUGGAACACCUUCAAUGGGUUAUACUCCACAAGUAUUUCCAAUGAUACCACAACAACAAAUCUACCCACAGGGUAUUUCUAGUAACUUUAGUGGAAUUCCAUUUUAUGGAGAUAUGGGUGGUAAUAUAUUGGCAAAUUCCAGUGGAAUGAGUCAGCCAGGAUUCGGCCAAUCGGCUCUUGCAGGAUAUAGUGGUUUUGGUCAAUCACCUUAUCGUGUCUACGAGCAACCGGAAUUAGGUGGAUAUAAUCAAUAUGGAUUUUCAACAUAUUGUCAACCAGGAUUCGCUAGUUACGGUCAACAACCCUUCGGUAGGUUCAAUCAGUUAGGACUUUGUGGAUUGCCUCAAGUUCAACCACAGUUCGGUAAUAUUAACGCACAGCAAUUAUCAUACAAUGUUUUUCCACAACAGUCAUACAAUUAUUAUCCAGGAGCUAACAUCAACUUAUCAAGUGGUUUAUCCCCAAUCAAUGGUCUCUUUCAGUCGGGUAUUUGUUCAUCAGUUAGCAACUUCUCUCCAAUUAGUCAUGCUCAAUUAGGAUCAUUUCCAGGCAGUUCUGGACGAAUAUCAAUUGUCUGUUGUAUUAUUCCUCAGUAG